AUGAUAUAUUUAGGUUCCAUAAAUAAAGGGCUUGUAAUUAAUUCAUUUUUUAAUGCUUUUGAAUCUGUUGAAAGAUCUAUCAUCUAUCUUUUUGGCUCAUUAAUUAUUUGGACAUUAUUAUAGGCCACAGUGUAAUUCAUUAGGUAUUGGCUAUAAUACACCAGCUAAAUGAAGAAAAAAAAAAUAAGGAAAUCAAAAAUAACCAGUGAAAUACUUUAUAGUCUGUUUAAGAUGUUAUGA